GGGUCCGGGCUGUGGACGCAGUGAAGAUGCGGGGUGUGGAGGGCUCCGUGGGGUUGGGGCUCUUGUCCCUCGUGGUGGUUCUGCUGUGGGCUCGCGUGGCGCACUCGGAGCUGGUCACGCUGGUGCAGGAGCCGGUGAGGACCGAGUCGUCGCUGCAGAAGCCAAAGGUUAUGAUCGCCAUCGUGGCCAGGAACGCCGCGCACAGCCUGCCACACUACCUGGGCUGCGUGGAGAGGUUGGACUAUCCCAAGGACCGCAUCGCCAUCUGGGCAGCGACAGAUCAUAAUGUAGACAACACCACAGCCAUGUUGAGAGGAUGGCUGAAGAAAGCCCAAGGAGUUUAUCACUACGUGGAGUGGAGGCCAAUGGAGGAGCCCAAGUCAUAUACGGAUGAGUGGGGUCCAAAGCACUGGCCUCCUUCAAGGUUCAACCAUGUGAUGAAGCUGAGGCAGGCUGCGCUGAAAGCAGCUAGAGAACGAUGGGCUGAUUACAUACUGUUUGUGGACAGUGACAACCUCCUGACCAACCCUCAAGUGCUGAACCUGCUGAUGGCUGAGAACCUCACUAUAGUCGCCCCGAUGUUGGAGUCUCGAUCUCUUUACUCAAACUUCUGGUGUGGCAUGACUCCUCAGGGCUAUUACAAGCGAACCCCUGACUACCAGCCCAUCAGAGAGUGGAAGCGUCUGGGCUGCUUCCCUGUGCCCAUGGUGCAUAGCACUUUCCUGAUAGACCUGAGGAGAGAGGCCAGUAAGGAUUUGGCCUUUCAUCCACCUCACCCAGACUACAGCUGGGCCUUUGAUGACAUCAUGGUAUUUGCCUUCUCUGCACGGCAGGCAGGUGUGCAGAUGUACGUGUGUAACCGGGAGCACUACGGUUUCCUCCCCGUCCCACUCAAAGCUCAGCAGAAUGUGGACGAUGAAAGGGAGAGUUUUAUCCACACCAUCACAGAGGCACUGAUUGACCACGACAUUGAGCCAUCGGAGUACCUGCAUGCACCACCCUCACUACAAGAUAAAAUAGGCUUUGAUGAAGUCUUUCUAAUAAAUCUGAAGAGGAGACUGGAUAGACGGACCAGGAUGUUUAAAUCUAUGUCCGCACUUGGUUUGCAUCCAACACUGACCGAGGCAGUGGAUGGCAAGGCUUUGAACUCAUCACAGCUGCAGGCUCUGGGAAUAGAGAUGAUGCCCGGGUAUAAAGACCCAUACUCUGGGCGAGUGCUGACCAGAGGAGAGAUUGGAUGUUUCCUCAGCCACCACUCAAUAUGGAAACAGGUGUUGGAGCGAGGCCUCCAGAAGGUGCUGGUGCUGGAGGAUGACGUGAGGUUUGAGCCCAGGUUCAAGAGGCGGCUCCAGGCCAUAAUGGAGGACAUAGACAAAGCCCAGCUGGACUGGGACCUCAUUUAUGUCGGCCGAAAGCGUAUGCAGGUGCAGCACCCAGAAAAGUCUGUUGAGGGCAUAAACAAUCUGGUCGUGGCAGACUAUUCUUACUGGACACUUGGAUACGCACUGUCACAACAGGGAGCCAGAAAACUAUUAGCCGCUCAGCCUUUCACCAGGAUGCUGCCUGUCGAUGAGUUUCUGCCAGUCAUGUUCGACAAACAUCCCAAUGUUGAGUACAUGUCCCAUUUUGAGCCCCGGGACCUGAAGGCCUUCUCAGUGGAGCCUCUGCUGAUCUACCCCACACACUACACCGGAGAGCCAGGCUACAUCAGUGACACAGAGACAUCCACCAUCUGGGACGACGAGAGCGUAGCCACAGACUGGGAUAGACAGCACGCACGAAAAACCUCACAACAGGGUAGCAUCAGGCCUGUGGCUCAGAACACAGUGACAGGAGACACACCGCCCCCUGCUGCACGGGCAUCCAGGGACGAACUGUGACGGAGGAGAGACUAUUAUGAACCUGUGUGUGCACUGUGAUGUGUACGCUCACUUGAAGAGACACUUGAACUUUACAUACAGUCAUAUCUACAAAGAAGCUUACCAGAGAGGACGAUGAGAGCAGGAACCCAAUGAAUUUGGGACACAGCUCUUUUGACAAAAGAUUUAUUUAUUCUCCAUCUGUCUCUACUUGGACAUAUGCGAAUU